UGACAACUUUGGUAAUUUAUAUAAACUCAGGUUUUUUCUUUUUUAAAUUAUUUAUGGGUAUAUUAAAGCCUUUUUAUUUAUACGAGGGAUGUACCGGGUUAUCCGAAACUCAGAAACCAGAUUUUUUUGGAACACGGAAGCCGAAACCCCAAGAAUCGGGAAAUCCGGGAACCCGAUUUUUGAAACUGAAUUCUCCGCUCCUAAGAAAUUUUUGAAUCCGAAAGCAGACCUGACUUUUCUCUCAACCCGUGAUAUCCCUGCUUUAUGCCCCGGUGUAUUAGGAAAAUUAACGGAGGCCGAAACCCGGGGUACCGGUUAAUAACCGGUAGUGCACAUCCCUGGUUUAUUUACUAUAUUUUUUAUUCUCUCCCAUUCACCCAAAAACAAAAAGAAACCGCAACAACCCCUCCAAAAACAUUUUAUAUUAAAUAAUAACUGCUCUUAAUUCCGGAAAGUCUCUCUCUCAUUUUUUUAUU